AUGACAGACACUGUCACACAUCUGACACUGCUGGCUACCGUUACACAGAGCCUCCUGAAAGAGAAUCAGGAACUGCGUCAGACUACUGAGGACCUCAAGAAAGAGAAUCAGAACUGCGAAAACAGAAUGAGUUCCUCAAAGACAAACAGAAAGCUACAGAGAAAGAAGUUGAAAUUCUCAGAGAAGAAACACACCAAAUGAAGCUCAUGGUGGGAGGAUUCCCUAUUGAUUUCCACGUGAAGUAUGACAAAGACAAGGAAA